AAAAGGAGAAGUAUCUGUUUGAGCAGAGAGUAACAAAGUUGACAGAGAGGAAGAAUUUACCCAAAGAGAAUGCUGUAAAAAUCCUUCUGGCAAGAACUGAAGUCAUAACUCAAAGAGUUUGAACCUCUACUUCCCAAACAGCUCCAGAAAGGUAUUAAACAUGCCUCGUUCCUUCCUGGUCAAGAGUAAAAAGGCCCACACUUACCAUAAGCCUCGAACUCAGCAUGAUGAUCUAUUUUGGGUUUACACACCCCCCUCAGUUACCACUGACCAGGUCCUAGGGGACGCCACAAACUUUAGUAGCCCAAGCCAGUGUCCAGAAUGGAAUGACUUCCAAAAAGAUCUUAAUAUGGAACAGUGUCAGACCAGAACAACUUCAGUUCCAGAGACUUCCAUCUUGACUCACCAGCCUCAGGACCAUUGCUUAUCCCCUGCUUCACCUCACUACUACAAACCCAGCUUCUCUUGGGAUUCCUUCUCUUCCCCUUAUGGCUAUGGACAGAUUACAUCCACCAUGCAGUCUGCCUUCUUGGAGAAUUCAGUAAGCUUGUAUGGCAACUCACUGAUCCCCAAUUCUGACCCUCCCUUGGACUACAGUCUACAUUACUCCCCUGGCAUGGAUGCCUAUCACUGUGUCAAGUGCAAUAAGGUAUUUUCUACCCCCCAUGGGCUGGAGGUUCAUGUCCGGAGGGCCCACAGUGGAACUCGACCCUUUGCUUGUGAAGUUUGUGGCAAAACAUUUGGCCACUCAGUAAGCCUUGAGCAGCAUGCUCACAUACACUCCCAGGGGCUCCCCGCUGGGUCCAGUCCUGCUCCAACGUUCACAAUAAACGGCCCUGAGCUCCCGCCUGCACAUGACCCACCGGGGCCCCGUUUCCUCCGGCAGGAGAGGAGCUUUGAAUGUAAGAUGUGUGGCAAAGCUUUCAAGCGCUCCUCCACCCUGUCCACCCACCUCCUCAUCCAUUCGGACACACGGCCUUACCCCUGCCAGUACUGUGGCAAGCGCUUCCACCAGAAGUCGGACAUGAAGAAGCAUACCUAUAUCCACACUGGAGAGAAACCCCACAAGUGUCAGGUGUGUGGGAAGGCUUUCAGCCAGAGCUCCAACCUGAUCACCCACAGUCGCAAACACACGGGCUUCAAACCUUUCAGCUGUGAGCUCUGUGCCAAAGGUUUCCAGCGCAAGGUAGAUCUCCGCCGCCACCGGGAGAGCCAGCACAGCCUUAAAUGAAUGAUGCUUCCUCACUGGAAACCCCAGCUGGCCAGGACCUUCCCUGCUGAACCUUAGAGAGGUUGGAUGCCUCCGCAUUUUGGGUUCUUCCAGUAUUGAGGACAGUUCACAAGAAAAAAGCACACACAAAACAGAAGCCAGGUCACUUGGGCUCAAAUGUUAGUUCUACCAUUCACUCUCGGUGAAUCUUGGACCAAUCAUUUAAUAUCUUUGAAUGUCAGUUUCCUAAAUUUAAAUGAAGGGAUUGGGUUAGGGAGUCACAAAAAUGAUAUGUUGGACAUGAUUUGCUAGAGCAAUUUCCAUAACCAGAACUUGAACUGGAUCUGAUUCACUUCAGAGAGAUAGAAGUGAAAGGAGCCAGAGAUUAAAAGAGGCAGAGGGAAAAGCCCCCACCAUCUUUUCUCUAGCUACAAAUUCAUUCAUUCAUUGAUUUAAUUAACUUUUGAGUGUACUCUCUGUGUAAGGCUCUGUGAUGGGUUUGGUCUUGAUAUUUAAAUUCUUUUUUUCCUAAGAGAUAAUUGGUGUGACUCCUUGACUUUAGUAGGAAACAAAAGAGACCAGUCCCAGCUGGCACAAUUCUCCAUUAGAAUCCUAGCCCUUCUGUUUAGGAGACAGAACCAUGUAUUUACAGCAGAGACUUCUGUAUUCUAUACUCCAUCCUUUUGGACGUUGUAAAAUAAAACACAAACUUAAAAAA